GGUGAGUAGUGGUGAGGUAAUGUUUGAAACAUGCUGCUUUCUCUUCCUCUGCUGAUCACCCCCAGACACAGCUCAGACUCUGGAGGAAGCAUUGGACUAGUAGUGUGUGGAUUCACUGUUAUCGCCUUCCACUCCUACAUGGCCACCUUCGCCCGCAGCGCACCUCUGCCGGAGACGAGCGCACUUGUUGAGGCUCCGCAGUUUCAGGAGCUGGUGCAGAGGAGCCGCAGCUUGAUAGAGAAGAUCUUGCAAUCCAUUAACGACACGCACAAAUCCUGCAUUCACACAGAGACACUACAACUCAAUUCCCCAGAAAAUUCGAAGCUGGUGAUAAUGGCAUCCACCAUUGGCAUCCCCUCUGCUCCUGUGCUCAGAGUUGUGUCAGAAAACUUCACUUUGGAGACCGGUUUGAAACGCAUGUCCGAGGGUCUUCAGCUGCACCGGGCCUUACUGAUUUCUGUCUCUCCUCGGCUGGCAAACAAAGACAAAGUGAUUGAGCUGCUGGCUGACAUCAAAGACCUCGUCAUUCAGAUCAAUAAGAUGCUGAAAAUGGCCCAAGCAGAGACUGCGGUGCAGCCCUCACCAACGCCCAUGGCUUUACGUCUACCGGGGGAAUAUGAGGUUCAGGUGGCAACACACCUGACACUGGUGCAGCUCCAGUCUUUUGGGCAGGACACAGUCCGCUGCCUGAGGAGUCUGGACCAGAGCAACGACGAGGAGACACAGAGCUGACCUAUAGGUGCCAUGCUGCUUUAGGUUAAUGUCCCAAACAAAUCUUAGUCUGCUGUUUUUAUUAUGGUAUUUAUUUAUUUAUCUUAUAUUUAUUUAUAUGUAUUUCUAUUUAUAUUUAUUUAUGGAAUAUGUAUUAUUUAUUAAGGGGGUUUAUUUUUGCUAACAAAGCUUCAUAUCCCUCAGUCCUCUUUGAUCCUAUCUUUAUUACAGCUUUAACAGAAAAUGAAAUAACCCUCCUGUCUCAGACAAAAAUACAUACUUUAUAUUGUCAGUUGUUCAAACACUAUGCUUAUACUUGCCUUGUCACUUAGCUGUGUAUUGAAAAAUAAUGUAUAGCAAAAGAGAAUGUUCAGAGCCUUACUUUUCAAUAUCUCCUCACUGUCAGCAGAGAUAUUUUUGAACCGUUAACACUCAUUUUAGGGGACUGGGGGCACAUUAAGGACUAACUAUACAUUCUGUAAAAUGUUUAAAUGAACCUAAUUAUUUUUGUAUGA